GGAAUCAUCUCUUCGCAUUACACCGUGGUCUUCGUAGACUGCCUCCCAACUUGCGACAUACGUUCGCACGGUCAACGAUAAAACCUUUUGCAAUAGCCUCUAUACGCGGCAAGAUCAUUCAGCCUGAAAAGGGAAGAAGAAAACAGGGAUAGGAUCCAUGAAACCAUUCGAGGAUCCGCAGAGAAUGAAUGACAGGUUUGGGAGUCAGCAUCAGCAUCAUCAGCAACAACAACGUCAACGUCAACAGCAACAGCACGAGCAACACUAUCAUGACCUAAAGGAAGACCCCAACAAAUACCAGACAAACGUCGUCGGCGUCACUCGCCGCGAGACAAAUAAUACAGUGCAUUCAAGACCUGGACACAUGGGAAAGGAAAGCCAAAGCGGACAUCUUGUUCAUUACGGGGCCUUCUUGCUGAUGGCUGGCAUUGGCUUCGGAGCAGGAGUGUGUUAUUCGGGCAAACACAAGAAGAGAGACGGGCGGGGACAUCGUGAGCCUCGAAUGCAUCGCGAGUACAAACAUGACGGCCGAUACGAUGGUAGACAAAGGGUGGACGAGUAUGGACGGCCUGAUGAUCAAUGGACAUACAGAGACCAAAGUGUAGGGGUCAGUGUUGAUAGAAGUGGAUAUUGGCCGGAUCAGAAACAUGAAGAUGGGCGCAAUCACUGGCGCUGAAGUGCCUGCCUACUCUUUUGGUGUUAGUAGAGACAUAAUAUGUUAUUCAGGAUAGGCUGCAAUGAUGUUUUUCUUCUUCUCCUUUGUAUUCAUUAUUCUCUUCAUGUAGCUGAUGUCCAGCAAUCAUCAUUCCAGUGAG